UCCAUCAUUUCACUUUGAAUUUUCGUAGCGUUCAGUUCAGUGGAAAAGCCUGAGGCUCAUCACCAUUCUAUAUUCGUGUCUGUUGUAAUCUAGGCGUUGUUAGGCGUUAGUUCUUAGCCCAAGUGCUGAUACCUAGUUUGUAUCACCGUGUUAUAAAGUGAGUACUGAUUUUAUCCAAGUCCCCUCGACGAUUUGCCUUUUCAUCCAUCCUUGCGAUCGCGCGCGCCUGCUUCCCUUCGUCGUGGUCGUUCGUACUGCGGAGUAAUAUUAUAUUUGCACCCAUAUAUUCUGGUGGGGCCACGCCAAUUUUAUAGCGAAAAAAAUAAAAGGAAAAAAACGCAACGGCGACGACCAUCACACAAAGUGCGAGUGUAUUCAUUAUACUUACUGCCGCGGAGAGCCGCUAGUGUUGUGUGUAACGAUAGUAUAAAAAAAAGUUUAACAAAGGAAAAACGUAUCGUCGGCUGUCCGGCUUCUUUCCGAUUCCUUUUAGUCGCAUUCGAGGCAGUUCCGAGAGUAGUGCGUUGUCGGUUUGAGACCAUAGCUGAAGAGCUCUGUACGUGGAAUCAGUCGUUUUUUAUCUGUGAGUGACACACCGAAGAAAGAAGGUGAGAAAAGUGCUGUUUUGAACCCCUCCCCGGCUAAACAACCAGGAGAAAUUACAUAUGCUAUAAAGCCAUCCCGGGACGUGAGGUGCAAGCAAAGCGAGAGCAUAUUCCAGUUCGGAUAACAUUUAAAAAAAAAGGGAGUAGUAGUUUCGAACAACAAAGUCAAGCGCAAGAAGCAAAACAGAACAAACAAAACUUUACCAAAAUGACCGAAACUACCGAAGCCCCAGUCGUUGCCGAGGUCAAGACUCCAUCGCCAACGAGCGAAACAGCAGUCGCGACCACGAACGGUCACGCCGAGGAGGCCAGCGCCGAACCACAGAAAACGGUCGAGGAGACCAACGGCACAUCGGAAAAGUCGGACGACAAGGCAAAAACUGAGAAAGCCGAAGAUGUUCCACCACCCAAAGAGAUGCGAGCCGUCAUGCUGACCGGUUUCGGCGGUUUCAAGAACAUUAAAAUUCUGAAGAAACCGGAACCGAGCCCACAGGCCGGUGAGGUUCUGAUUCGUGUGAGAGCAUGUGGUCUCAACUUCCAGGACUUGAUGGUGCGCCUGGGAGCAAUCGAUUCGCCUCCGAAGACACCCACUAUCCUCGGGUUCGAAUGUGCCGGUGAGAUUGAAGCCGUCGGCGAGGAGGUUGAAGGAUUCAAGGUUGGUGACCGCGUGGUGGCACUGCCGGAGUUCCGCGCCUGGUCCGAGCUGGUGGCCGUCCCCACCAAGUACGUGUAUCAUAUUCCGGAAGAAAUGACAUUCCAGGACGCGGCGGCCAUUGUAAUGAACUACCUCGUCGCCUACAUACUCGUCUUUGAUCUCGUCUCGCUGCGUGAAGGCAAAUCCAUCCUGUUGCAUUCCGUCGGAGGCGGUGUGGGUCAGGCAAUUGUCCAACUAGCACGCACUAUACCGAAUGUGACUAUCUUUGGUGUCUGUUCCAAAUCCAAGCAUGAAGCGCUUGCUGCCACUGGAUUGAUUGAUCAUCUGAUCGACAGAGCUGAUUACGUCAACGAGGUUAGAAAGAUCACAACCGAAGGUGUUGACGUUGUCUUGGACUGUCUGUGUGGCGAAGAAUGCAACCGGGGCUAUGGCUUGCUGAAGCCGAUGGGCAAGUACAUUCUGUACGGAUCGUCCAAUGUGGUUACAGGAGAGACCAAGAGUUUCUUCAGCGUUGCUCGUUCGUGGUGGCAGGUGGACAAAGUUUCCCCGAUCAAGUUGUUCGAUGAGAACAAGAGCUUAGCCGGAUUUAAUCUGCGGCAUCUGCUGUACCAGCAGGACGGUUCUGUGUAUGUACGUUCGACUGUGGAUAAGAUUUUCGCUCUCUGGACAGCCGGAAAGGUCAAGCCAGUGGUGGACAGUGCUUGGGCGCUUGAGGAUGUUGCUGAAGCUAUGCAAAAGAUGCACGACCGCAAAAAUAUUGGCAAGCUGGUGUUGGAUCCGGCCAUGGAACCGAAACCAAAACCGGCCACUCCAGCUAAGAGCAAGUCCAAGAAACAGGCUAGCGAAGAUAAGAGCAGCAAGAAGGAAAAGGACGACGACAAGAAGCCAGCUGAGAAUGGGGAGGAAAAGAAGGAAGAUGAAGAAGCUACCACGAAUGGUGACUCGGCUGCCGCUGGUGAGGAUGCAGUGACUAAUGGAGACAGUGCGGAGAAGGCUGAACCGGCUGCCACCAACGGAAAUGCUACGGAAAGUGAGAAAAAGGAAUCGAGUUGAAUAUCCUAAGCAGCAGUAGCAACCCCUACACAGAAUUGAGCCGCUAACAACAAACAACUGUUUUCAUCGACAUAUUCACAUCCCGAACAUUUCAAACAACAAUUCCCUAUCACCAACACCAAUCUGUGUACAGUAUCCACUUUGUAGAACUGCGUCUACGUGCGUCACGACACAUUCAAUAUCUACGCAUCAUGCACAGACGAUACACAACUGAAAAUCCGGCAUCGUUUAUUGCCCUAUCUAGAGCGGUGAAUCUUUAAGGCGAAGGCAACAAACCUUCCCAAGAAGUGUCCUAUGUUAAAUUUUAAAAAAGUCAUGCCGUUUUUCUUUGAACAAUUUUUCGCAAUCAAGUGAUGUCUCACGAUCUCGUUUACUAAUCCCGUCUGCAAUUCAGUUACAGUAAUAUGACUCCGCAGAAAGAAAAGAAAUGUUAUGAUAUAAGCAUAAACCACAAAUAAGCACUAAUUAAACAGAAACAAAAAACAUGCCUCUAAAAUGUUGAAGGUUUCAGGAUGCGACACACAGAAGAAGAAAAAACACUGCACAAAUGCCCAACUCACGGACACACACCAGUAAAAGAUAGGAAAAAGAUUUCAUCCCAAAACCAUCACGACACCAUACACAAAUACCCCACAUUCACGCAAACAUUACAUUGUAACGCAGAAAAUAAGCACUAAAGUUAACUACAUGUUUUCAGUUGGUUAGCGUUUUUUUAGUGAUAGAAUUUAUUAAUUUAUCAUUUUGAUUUGAAGCAAACAAAAAAAAAGUAAGAAAGUACGAACGACGAAAGCAAGCAAAAAUUUUUAAAUUUUAAACUAUGUGUCAUUUAAUACUGUAAUAUUUAAAUAUAUAUGUUUAAAUCUAUGUAUAACGAAGAAACAAAAUGAUUGAUUUAAAAAUAUAUAUUAGAUUCUUUAUUGUGAGAAUGAUUUUUUUUUCGUUUUCUUAAGAUAAUGUUUAUUUUUUACAGCGAGAUAUAACAUUUAAAAAGAUCAUUUAUACUGUUAGCAAACGAGAGAAAGAGAAAUGUCAUACAUUCGAUAUCUAGCACAAGCGAGGAUGCAAUUUCAUUCGUCAAUACUGUUUGGUUGAAUCGCUAUUUUCAUCUUAAGCGUUAUAGUGUUAAAAGCAAGGAUACACAUUCGACGAGAUAUUUUUGUCUUCUUUUGUAUAAAUUUUUUUAAAUAUUUUUAUUUUAUAAUACAUUUGACAAAGGAUUGAAGAAAAAUAUGUUCAUUAUGUUUCGUUUUUUUCUGUUUAUUCAUUUUAAGUUCCGAAAGCACCACUGUUCCCCUCCCUCUUCGUGUACCUAAACCAUUGUCAUCUCUUCACACUUGUACUAUGUUGUCUCUGACGAAAUGAACACAAACUCUGUAUAAAAAACACCUCUAAGGUUUGUUCACAUCGAUUCUAGUUUUUAACUAACAGGGUCCUGUGUCAGUAAGUAAACCAUUCAACUAUGAGUAUCCUGUCUGGGAAACAUACCCGAUCCGAAAUCGGAGGAUGCAGCAGAAACAAAAAAGACACCCAACCAAAAAGAAGAAACAUUUAAAAUCCGAGGAACUGUUGCUGUUGAUUUGUUCAUUGUUCGAAACGAAACUAAGAGAAUAAAGAGCGUGUACCCGUAUCAAUCAUGUUAAAUUGAGUAACUGCGACUUAACUAACACCGGUGUCAGGUUAAUUACGGCACUAAAUAUAACCUCAAUGUUAUAAAGCUAACGACAGCAGAGAGUACGCAGCCAAAACGGCAAAACUCUCCUAUGAAAAAAAAAAACACUGGUGCGAGUCUUUGUAAAUCAUUUAAAAUAAAACUAAAUAUUCAUAGGUACAACAAAGAAACUGGUGUAAUUUGUAUGUAUCAACAUAGAAGCUGAGCUAUAUAAAAUAUACAUGUGCUUUUGAUGUUUAAACUAUAAUGGUAAUUUUACACUUUUGCAGAUACUACUUAAUGAUAGUGACAGUACGAAAAGGCUUGAAUGCGACAUCAGUUCGCUGGAUCAGUGUCAACUGUUCCGCUUAGCAAAAUCUAAAUUAAAAAUAGAAACUGUGUCCGAUCUUUCUGACUGAACACCACUAGCUGAAGUGCAAUGCGGUGGAAACUGAACCUUUGCUAUGUGGGAACACGUGUUUUAUACUUUGUGAUCUAUGUUGAACUGCCGCAAAUCUGUCCUUUUGAAUAUUAUUUUAUGAUGACUCACUACUUAUCUAGAAUGAUAUUACUAAUUGGUUAUGUCGAAAUUCGAAUAAAAUUAUUUUAUUAAUUUCAAACUCGAUUGGCAGUCGAUAAAUACAAUUCAACGCUUUUUUGUGAAAAGGGCGAUACUUACAAAUGUAAACAUAAGGCUUUUUUCAGCAUGCGAAUGAGGGCUUUAAAACGCAACAAAUUAACCUAAAAAUUUGGAUUCUACGAUAUUACUUUCUUAAACUACAGCAAAAAAUACAUCGGGCGAAACUGUAUUUUUGUUUGUUUAUUUAAAGUUUCGCCCUCCACGCUCCAUGCAAACAAGAAGGGCGAUACUUAUUUUGCUAGCAGUUUAGAGGCGAAACUGUUUUUUUCGAAUUUUUUUGGAUAAUCAAGCUGAUACCAGCUGUAAAUAGUAACAAUGAUCGCUCUUGAAAAAACCCGGACGAAAUCGGUGGUGUAAUACGGUAGUUUUGUCGAUUUAAAUAGCAAAAACAAAUUUAAAUUUAAUAAUUUCAAAUACUUUAUGCAGUUUUGGGUUUCGAUCACUGAAUCAUGCAAUCUAGGAUGUAAAAAACACAAUAGUUCUUAAAUAGGAAAUAAAACCAAGCCUUGAAAUAUUCACUGUUGAUUUUCUGUGAAUGGUGUCACUGCUAGUAUCGCCCUUUUCAAGAAAAAGCGUUGAAUUGUCAUUUUUUUCUAAGUUAUUUAUUAAAUGGAAGCAGAUGUCAUGAAGUUCGAUUGAAACAGUAACACUAUGGGCCCAAUUCGAACAGUCGCGUCACUGAAUGACUAGAAGGAAAUUUCCUCUUAAGGUAACGUGACUGUGAGAAUUUAGCCCUAUUUAUAAACCCUUGAUUCCCACGCGCACUUCAGAAUUAUAGUAUGCUUGCUGGAAAUGGUCGAAAAGUUGCGGCAAACCAUGGGAUGUAUUGCUAUCAAUACAUACAACAGAAAUACCGAUAAAUGCGUAGAAAUCUCCAAAUGAUUAGUAGCGAAAAAAGUGAGAAGAAUGACAACGCGAUAGGGUAGAAUAGGUUAGGUGCGAACUUUCCAGAGAUUGAGGCUAAGUGAUAGAGACAACAAAAAAUUUUCAAUAUACAAGUCAGGGAAAUAAUAAAAGUUGAAAUGGGAUUGUGAUAAUGUAACAAAAUAAACUUUUAGUAUUUUGCUAAACAUGCACUUACAGAUAUGAAGCAUUGAAACAAAAGGAAUUAUAUCUACUAGAGGGCGCUGUUAGCUCUGGUGGGAUAUUGUCUCGCUCUUAUAUAUUUGACAUUUAUUGCCCCGUUUAUUACAUUACAAAAUAAUGGGUAGCAAAAUGAACGGUUCGAUUAUUGAAUGGACUUCCGGUGCAAUUUUCAACGCGGCAACACGUCUUGUUCUCCUGGUGCCGAAGGAAUUGGUUUUUUCCGAAAAAAAACAAUAGUUUUGUGUGCUGGGUUAGCGGCGUUGCGGGUUUCUCACCGGUGGUCCACAGAAAGUUAAGUCGACAUGACUAUAAAAGAAUAAUCAACUGGCAAUAUAGCUAAUACGCUGCGCCAUCUUUUCGACUCUUUUUACAAAAGAGUCAACCAAAACACGAAGAAGAAGAAAAAGAUUAUUGAAUACGAAUCAAACAAUCGCGCUUUACUCCCUCUAGUAGUUGCAAUCUCUUUUGUCGCACCGUAAUGGCACAGAUUAUCAGAAGAAGAGAACUUAUAGCUUCAGGAACCACCGACGAUAAAAUCCUCAGACACUUUUUGGACGAUCUUUACACCACCGCUUAUGUGGGUCCAUCUUAGAAGCUACAUCGAAAAAAAAAUUUCACUCACUCAUUCUAGAUUGCAUGCGUCUUCCUAAGCACAGUCGAACAUAGUUCAUCAGCAUGUGCAUAAGCUCUUUUAGGAAACGAAUGAAUAGUUUUUUGACGAUUUUGAAAAUGAAACAUCACUAACUAGAAACAAAUAAAAACAAUAUUUCAUAUUUAUGACUGGAAGAGUAAAUGAAACACAACUGCCAUCAAAGUAGCCAUCAAUGAGGAAGUUUUAUCGCCAACACAGAAAAGGUUGCACCGCCAUUGCUCACGCCCACUAAAAAUCGCCAUGAAUAAAAAAAACACUAGUAAUCAGAAAGACUACUGACAUCGAUUUUCUCCUUUCAAAUUAUAAUAUCUACAAAACUAUCAUCAAUUUCAAGAAUUCCACAACUUUAGAUUGCUUUCUUUAAGAAAACUGCACAAUUUACAUUUAGCUGAAAAUGAAAUGCUUUUGUCUUGAACAUAUCACUUUGAUUUAGAAGUGCUUUUUGCGAAACCUUUUUGAAUAAAGUUUUAGAGAGAAUAUACUCGCCAUUUAAAUUUCUACAAAUGCUUGCAAAUCCAAACACUGAAACUUGCGAUCGGUCUAGUUAAAAUUGAAUAUCAGACAAUAUAUGCCCGAGGUAUGCUGAUAUAUUUAUCAAAACUUGAACAACUAACUAUUGAAGAACAGAUGAGUUCUGUGAAUGAUAUUCCCAAUCAAAUGAGUAUCUCAUUAACGACCAUAAUCAGGAAUGUGAAAUUUACACUCAACGAUCACACAACAGGAAAUCAAGCAAAAUCAAAAAAAGGAUGUCAUGAGAUCAACCUUAAAGUAUCUAUCUAUACAUAUGUAUAUUCGUAUAAAUAUAUAUGAAAGCCACUUUGAUAAAGUAAAUAUAUAUAUUUAUAUAACAAAAUAUGUAAAAUUACAAACAACUGAAAACAAGUGGAACCAAACAAGAUGAAUGUGACACAAAUGUAAGGCUUGAAUAAGUGAACCUGUUCGGUAGGGGGUGGGUGAAGAGUUCCCCAUUCUGCCGACAGUGUACCGGACAGCUGUAACUAACCGAUCGUAUAUCUGCUACAACAAUGUUAAAAUAUAAUUAAAUAGACAAGGGCGUUUAUGCGACAUUUUCGUCCGUCAUGUAAUCAUGUAAAAGAAAGGUAAGAAAAUAAGACAAACAAAGUUACACACAGAAUCUGAUGUACCGAAUCAACAAACCGCGUUUUAUGCUAUGUGAUUGUAGACAUCUGGAAAGCUAAUAAAACGAGUCUGAAUAAAGGAAGUGAAAUCCCAUA